UCACGGGUGGGUCCACCUAUUACCACAUGACCACAUGCAUUUAUGCAACAACUAAACAAAUCAAAACACAAAAAACAUAUACAAACACAACACUCAACCAAACAAAAAAGGCUUAAAAAUAUAACCAGUUAUGAUUCUUCGAAGUGUCUUCUCUUCAAACCAACUUUAUUCUCGCACACUUACGCAAAUGACACUUGUAUCCCCAGCUUCAUCCCAUUUUCCCAUCCUCUCUAUGCCUCAAAAUUCCUCCAAAAACGUCGCCGUUAUCGGUGCGGGCUCCGCGGGCCUCGUCGCGGCCCGAGAACUCCAACGAGAAGGUCACAGCGUAGUUGUAUUCGAACGAGAAAAUCAAUUAGGUGGCACAUGGGUCUACACGCCCAAUACAGAAUCGGACCCGGUUGGGAUCGACCCGAAUCGGGAGAUUGUUCAUUCAAGUCUUUAUUCAUCUCUUCGUGUUAAUCUUCCUCGGGAAGUAAUGGGUUUUGGGGAUUACCCGUUUGUGGCCAAGAAAAAGUCCGGUAGAGACCCGAGAAGGUAUCCGGGUCAUGGGGAGGUGUUGGAUUAUUUGAAUGAUUUUGCUGUUGAUUUUGGGAUUAUUGGGCUUGUGAGGUUUGGGAUGGAAGUGAGGUAUGUGGGAAUGUUGGAUAAUGGGAAAUGGAAGGUUAGUUAUAGAAAGAGAGAAAAUGAUGCUGUGUUUGCUGAUGAGGAGUAUGAUGCUGUUGUAGUAUGUAAUGGACACUAUACUGAACCAAGAAUUGCUUAUAUUCCUGGAAUCGAAGUUUGGCCUGGAAAGCAAAUUCACAGCCACAACUACCGUGUUCCUGACCCUUUUCAAGACCAAGUUGUUGUGCUGAUAGGGGGUGCUGCUAGUGCUACUGAUAUCUCUAGAGAAAUUGCUGAAGUUGCUAAAGAGGUCCACAUUUCUUCUAGAUCAGCUACAAGUGGAGUUCCGUUGAAGCUUCCUGGCUAUGAUAAUAUUUGGCUCCAUGAUAUGAUUGAAGGUGUUGGCAGUGAUGGUAGUGUGAAUUUUCAAGAUGGGUCCAAAAUCCUUGCUGACAUCAUCCUACACUGCACAGGGUACAAAUAUCAUUUUCCUUUCCUUGAAACUAAUGGGAUAGUAACUGUCGAUGACAACCGUGUUGUUCCACUUUACAAGCACAUUUUCCCACCAGCCUAUGCACCAAGUCUUUCAUUUGUUGGGCUGCCUUGGAAGGUUAUACCAUUCUUCUUGUGUGAAUUGCAAAGCAAGUGGAUCGCUAGUGUUUUAUCUGGUCGCAUUUCUCUCCCUUCAAAGGAAGAUAUGAAUGCUGAUAUUGAAGCUUUCUACUCAUCCAUGGCAGCCUCUUGCAUUCCAAAACGGUACACUCACAAUAUGGAUGACAAUCAGUUUGACUACGAUGAUUGGUUGGCUGCUGAGUGUGGAUCUCCACCCUCUGAAGAAUGGAGAAAGCAAAUGUACUUUAUCUCAAGAAAGAAUAAAAAGAUACUGCCUGAGACAUACCGUGAUGAGUGGGACGAUGAUGACUUGAUCAUUCAAGCUCAUGAAGACUUUGUAAAAUAUAUUCCUGAACUAGCUCAAGAACAGAAGCUCUCAAGAUGAUUCUUUUUGAUUAAUUUUGUUGUUGCAUGAAAAUAUAUAGCUGAAUAAAUCAAAAGGUAUAGUAAAACCUGGAAAUUCCUCAAUUAAUUUCAAUUGUAACUCUUGCCAUUGAAAUUUAAUGCAAGUCUUCCAGCUUGUAAACAUAUUCAGGCUACUUCUAUGCUUGUACAUUUAUUUUCAAAAGUCUUUCGGUUUGACAUUUUAGAAUUCUCCAAA